AAGCGAUGCCAAAGCCAACAUUUUCGCACGGAUCUGAGCAAUAAAUCCUGCGGAGUCGACAGGGGUGCCAGCGUUCCCCGCUCCCCCGCUCAGAGGCCGGAGACCCGCGCGCAGUUGUACCAACAUGCCCUCUGUCCCAUGGCUGGAAGUUCUCUUCGUUUUCCUGUUUUCUGGAGUACGCCCAUCUCAUCCUCUUCAGGAAGUCCACGUAAGCAGGGAGACCAUUGGGAAGAUUUCAGCUGCCAGCAAAAUGAUGCAGUGCUCAGCUGCAGUGGACAUCCUGUUUCUGAUAGACGGCUCACACAGUGUCGGGAAGGGGAGCUUUGAAAGGUCUAAGCACUUUGCCAUCAUGGUCUGUGACGCUCUGGACAUCAACCCUGAGAGGGUCAGAGUGGGGGCAAUCCAGUUCAGUUCUGCUCCGCAUCUGGAAUUCCCCUUGGAUUCAUUUUCAUCCCAACAGGAAGUGAAGGCAAAAAUCAAGAGGAUGGUUUUCAAAGGAGGGCGCACAGAGACAGGCCUUGCUCUGAAAUACCUUCUGCGCAGAGGGUUCCCUGGAGGGAGAAAUGCCUCUGUGCCCCAGAUCCUCAUCGUCAUCACUGAUGGGAGGUCCCAAGGGCAUGUGGCAGUGCCCACCAAGCAGCUGAAGGAAAGAGGCGUCACCAUAUUUGCUGUCGGGGUCCGGUUUCCAAGAUGGGAGGAGCUGCACAGACUAGCCAGCGAGCCAAGGGAACAGCAUGUGCUGAUGGCUGAACAGGUGGAGGAUGCUACCAAUGGUCUUUUAAGCACCCUCAGCAAGUCUGCUGUCUGCACCGUUGCCUCUCCAGACUGCAAGGUCCAGCCUCACCCCUGUGAGCGCAAGACGCUGGAGACGGUCAGGGAGCUUGUCGGCAGUGUCCUGUGCUGGAGAGGAUCGCGGCGGAGUGAUGCCGUGCUGGCGGCACUCUGUCCCUUCUCCAGCUGGAAGAGAGUGUUCAUAACCCACCCUGCCACUUGCUACAGGACCACCUGCCCAGACCCUUGUGACUCACAGCCCUGUCAGAAUGGAGGCACAUGUGUUCCAGAAGGACUGGACAGGUACCACUGCCUCUGUCCACCAGCCUUCGGAGUGGGGGCUAACUGCGCAGCCCCGAAGCUGAGCGUGGAAUGCAGGAUCGACGUCCUCUUCCUGCUGGCCAGCUCAGCGGGCACCACCCCCGAGGGCUUCCUGCGGGCCAAGGCCUUCGUGAAGCGGUUUGUGCAGGCGUCGCUGAGCGAGGACUCCCGGGCCCGCGUGGGGGUGGCCCGGUACAGCGGGGAGCUGGCGGUGGCCGUGCCCGUGGGCGAGUACCAGGACGUGCCGGACCUGCUCAGGAGCCUCGACGGCGUUCCGUUCAGCGGCGGCGCCACCCUGACCGGCAGCGCCUUGCGGCGGGCGGCCGAGCUCGGCUUUGGGAGCGCCGCCAGGACGGGCCAGGACCGUCCCCGCAGAGUGCUGGUCCUGCUCACGGAGUCACCCUCCCAGGACGAGGUGGCCGGCCCCGCGCGCCACGCCAGGGCCCGGGAGCUGCUCCUGCUGGCCGUGGGCACCGAGGCCGUGCGCGCAGAGCUAGAGGAGCUCACAGGCAGCCCGGAGCGCGUCCUGGUCUACGCUGGCCCGCAGGACCUGUUCCGCCGAGUCCCUGAGCUGCGGGAGAAGCUGUGCAGCAGGCCGCAGCCAGGCUGCCGGACACAGUCGCUGGACCUUCUCUUCAUGUUGGAUGCCUCAGCCUCAGUGGGACCCGAGAACUUCGCCCAGAUGCAGAGCUUUGUGAGAAGCUGCAUGCUCCAGUUUGAGGUGAACCCAGAUGUGACGCAGGUCGGCCUGGUGGUGUACGGCAGCCAGGUCCAGACAGCCUUCGGGCUGGACGCCCAUCUCACCCGUGCGGCGGUGCUGCGGGCCAUGAGCCAGGCCCCCUACCUGGGCGGGGCAGGCUCUGCAGGCACAGCCUUGCUGCACGUCUACGACAAAGUGAUGACCGUCCAGAGGGGCGCCCGGCCUGGCGUCCCCAAGGCUGUGGUGGUGCUCACAGGUGGGAUGGGCACGGAGGAUGCAGCUGUCCCUGUCCAGAAGCUGAGGAACAAUGGCAUCUCUGUGCUGGUGGUGGGCGUGGGGCCUGUCCUGAGGGAGGCACUGCGGAGGCUCGCAGGUCCCCGGGAUGCCCUGAUCCACGUAGCCACCUACGCAGACCUGAGGUACCACCAGGAUACACUCAUCCACUGGAUAUGUGGAGAAGCCAAGCGGCCAGUCAGCCUAUGCAAACCCAGCCCGUGCCUGCAUGAGGGCACCUGCGUCCUACAGAACGGAAGCUACCGCUGCGAGUGCCAGGAUGGCUGGCAGGGCCCCCACUGUGGGAACCGGUCCUUGAGAGGAGACGCCCCCAAGGCACGCGGCUCCCGCCGAGAACCCUGCAGGAGGGCAGUAGCCCUACCCUUCCUCGGCAACUGCCCAGAAGGCCUUGGUGCCCGACCCUGAGAGCACGCCUGCCCUGUCCUGUCCUGUCUCCCCGGGUCCUCUGAGCGUCUGCCUCUAGCUCUGUGCGGAACCCUCCUGCCCACUCCCUCAGUCACAGAGAAGAGCUGUCCCUACUGCAGACCACACUGCUUGGGGACACAGUAGCAGCUGAUCCCACUACUAAUGCAGAUGUUGAAAAGUCGUGAUGCGUAAGUAAAUACCUACUUUCUGUACCUGGACCAUGCCCUGGUGAGCUUGUUUCCUCUGCCAACUUCCCCUGAGGAGAAGCUAAAGGAGCUUGGAGACUUUUGAUGGCCUGUUUGAAAGCUCGCUUUGCAAAAAAAAAAAAAAAAAAGAAAAAAGAAAGCUCGCUUUGCACAUAACAAAUGCUAAAUAGAACGCUGUUGGGAUGGUAAUGCUCAGGAGGAGGCAUGGACUAGAGUGUCAUUUGGACCACUGAAGCCAUAGCAUUUCAAGAUUGGAAAACUGUGGACCUUUUCAUAUGUCUUUUCCCAAAGAUAUCCAAGUGGAUUUGCUUUUAGUUUGAGAAGGGACUUGAGUGGCAUUUGUGACUUUUGGUGACUGUGACAAAGACCUAGAAAAACUCUGGACUGGAAUAUGACCACUAACUUGUUUGACUACGGGGAAGGGGCUGAGCAUGCAAAUCGUCCUGGUCUCCAGGGGCCAGAUGACAUUGGCCUGUGUCCUGGGCUACAUUCCCUUGGAAGGACUUGCUUGAGGGAUUACUGAGGGGGGCUCAUUGUGGGGUGCUUAUUGCUUGUCCUCAAGGAUUGAAUUUUUAGUAGCACAAGGAGUGGAAUUCUUAAACUCCGCAAAUAAGGCAUAAAGAAACUUUAGAGGGUAUUGGCUUUUUGAAGCAUCGAUCUUCUGUUGUCUAGGUGAUUUUGCUUUUCAUGUCUGGUUUUGAAAGGAAUACUUUAAGAAAUGCUGUUGGUUAUUUCACAGGACCCCGUGUGGCAAGAAGGCUCAGUUGGGACAUUUUUCUGGCAAACUAGGAACUCACCCAAGCAGUUUUUAGGGAACACUUCUUCCCCUUGUUUGGAUUUGGGUUUUCAGUAGAAACCUUUGUAGAGCUGUGUCCUAAAUCCAGACACUUUAUCCUGACUCUUCUUUUUAAUGGAAAUAACGUAAAGGUUUUUACAUGCAAAUAUUCAAGGCUACUUUGAUUUAAAGUACUGGAAGAGGUCAUCCAGAGGCUGCUGUUAGAUAUUACAAAGGAAAGGUCCAGCAGUACUAAGUGUAGUUAUGACAGUCAUUGGUGUUCAAGGAAUAUUUUCACUCCCAUGAUUACCUAGAACAUGCCAGAAGGUGACAUCAGAGCACGGUCACAUGUCCACCUGGCAGGUGCUGAGAGGUGAUGUCAAAGAACUUACAUGAACCCACUGUCUUUAAAUUAACAGCAAUUUCAUCAUUUUAUAGUGUAGGCUCUUUGACUUGGUCAGGGCUCCAUUUGAAUUGCUUCAACCUAAAAAAACACACCACAGAAUGGUGGGCUCUGGGCAUACACGUGAAAGGCUCUAUUUUUAGGUCUCAGCCCUCGAGCCAUUUUUUUUUUUUUUUGGACCUUUUCUAUGGAAGGUGCCACUGAAUACUUCAACCCUCUCUGUACCCCAGUAGUGAUACAGGUAAUUCCUUUCUUUUUAAAGAAACUGACCUUUAAUUCCACAAGUAACAUACAAAUUUGUUCUUGGAAAAAUUAAACUGCAGAUAGGACAUCAAUCUUUUAUGUUCUGAAUGGCCCUGAUUCCAACCAACUUGCUGGAUGCUCUAGUCCUAAUAGUUAAUUCUCUUUUAUAGAAAGAUAUUUAUAAAUAAUGAGACUCCUCUCUUCCUUUUGAUGUUUAUACCAGGAACUUCUCUUGUCAGCUUGCAUUGUCUAGGACCUAGGAAUAAUGUUUUAAAAAGUAGUGGUAUCUGUUUCUGGAACUGAAGGGAUCUUCCAUCAUUCUAUGUUAUUUUCUGUGGAUUACUUUGUUAGGAGUACUUUAUUAUUAGAAAUACUUUAUUUCUCUUCCUGGAUUGCUCAGAGCGUUUAUUAGGAGUGUUGAGAUUUAUGGUAUGCUUUGUCCACUUCCUUUGAGAUGGUGUUGAGAUGAUGUUUUUAACAUUUAAUCAUCUGUUCAUAUCAUAAAUGGCACAUUAGUAUAUUUUUAAUUGUUGAACCACCUUUGCUUCCUUGGAGAAAUAUGAUCUGGUCAUGAUGUGAUUCUUUAAACACUGUUGAAUUUCAUUCAACAAUAUUAAGGUUUCUCAUCUUUGUCCAGAAAAUCCGAAGAUCUGGUUUUCUUCUGUGAUUUGUGUUAGCAUUGUUCUGAUACCAAAUGGCUAACUUUAUAAAAUGGAAAAUACUUAUUCCUCAAAUGUAAGGCCUUUUUUUCAAUUCUGGGAUUUAAUUUUGCCUUAGCUUGUCUCUUUAUUGUAUUAGUCAUUUCAAUGAGCCAGAUUUCAUCCUUUUUUAAAAUAAACACAUUCAUGCAUGGA